AUGGCCGCAACUGGCGACGACAAACCCAAGCCCUACCUCCCCUUGGCCGGCGGCGCCGACGAUGGCUGGUCGAAAGAGGACUCGGCGACGGCAACCUGCUUCUGCGGCGCAGUGCAGCUGGCAUUCCCCACCAAAGGCCCCGGCUUACUCAGCACUUUUGUCUGUCACUGUACCGACUGCCGCAAGAUCACGGCAUCCAUGUUUGCUUCAAACUUCAGCGUCGCGGAUACACAUCUGACCCAUAUCCGCGGCCGCGACAACCUGACCGCGUACAGCCAGUCGCGUACCAUCGCCUCGGGCAAGCUGAUGACCAACUAUUUCUGCUCCACCUGCGGCACACUCAUGUACCGGGUUGGCGAGAGGUUCCCGGGAAGGAGUUUCUUGCGCAUCGGGACAGUGGACGAUUUCAAUCUGCACGAGACGAGGCUGCGGCCGAGGCGCGAGAUCUUCGUCCAGGACCGUGUCAGUUGGCUGAGUCCCGUGGAGGGCGCGCAGCAACUUGAAGCACAACGUCCGAGGGAGUAG